GCUUCUUUUCUGCUCUCAUUAUCCUCUAUAUUAAGGGAAUCCACGAAGAGUGUGCGGUCGAGGGCAGUACUUUCUACUAGUUCCAUGGGAGAAGUGCAGAAAAUGGUGGUUUUGGGGGUGGUUAUCGUAGCGAUGACGAUGAGCCUCGGAGGAAAAUGGGCUGAAGCGCAAGUGCACCACGUGGUUGGUGGAGACCGUGGCUGGGACGCAUCUCACGACAUCGCUUCUUGGGCUUCCGGCAAAACUUUUAGGGUUGGAGAUCAAAUCUGGUUCGCCUACUCCGCAGUACACGGUAAUGUAGCUGAGCUGCGAAGCAAGGAAGAAUACGAGGCAUGUGAUUUGAGUAACCCUAUCAAAAUGUACACGGACGGUCUGGAUACCAUCUCCCUGGAAGCUGAAGGAUUACGCUACUUUGUCAGUAGCAACUCUGAGCACUGCAAGAACGGUCUCAAAUUACACGUGGAGGUUCUUCCGCACCAAAUCCCUGGCCCUGGAAUUCUUCAAGUCACUGCGUCAGAGGAGCAUCAAACCGCUUUAGCUGAUGGGCCCACAACUCCAUCUGCUUCGGCCCAACCAACUGCAAGCCUCCUUCUCCUAUUCGCGUCUGGAUUACUCUGCCUCUUCCUCACCAACCACUAGUCUAGUCUUUUAGCGUUGUAUUAUAAUCGAGUGCUUUAUCUGUUUUUUAAGUUUUAACUGUGCCAUGCUAUUGUAUUAGUAUAAUUUACUAGAGGCUAAUAGUUUCGUUUGGGCAUAUUAUUCGUAUAAAUGCAACUCUAAAGAGUGAAAUAUAUUCGCAUACUAGAUGGAGUUCCAAUGAA